UCUGUCCGACUCACUUCAGGAAUUCACAUGUCUGGCGCAGCAGCAGUUCCGUCCGCGCGAGGGGUGGCGUUGGUGUCUCAGCGCCUCGACAACCUGCACGGGUCCAAGGGCGGAUGCGGCGGCAUCUCGGGCUACUACCUCAAGCUGCUGUUCGCGUCCGGGUUUGGCUGGGCCAUGGACUCGAUGGACACGUUCCUGUUCACGUACUGCCUGAAACCGAUCAAGGACGAGUUUCAGAACGACUACAACCGCACGUUUUCACCGCACGAGCUGGGCAUCCUCGGGUCGUCCGUGUUCGCGGGGUCGUUUGUCGGUGCAUUCCUCUUUGGGUGUCUCGCAGAUCAAUUCGGCCGGCGUCCGGUGUUCCUGUGGACGAUGGUAGUGUUCCUUGCAGGCAUGGUCAUGUGCGGUCUCGCCGACAGCUACGGCAUGCUACUCACGUUCCGCUUCGUCACGGGUAUCGGUCUCGGCGGCGAGCUUCCCGUGGCGUCGACGCUGGUGCAGGAGCUGUCCCCGAAGGCCAUUCGCGGCCGCAUGAUCGUGCUUCUCGACGGCUUUUGGCCCGUGGGCUGCAUGUUCGCCGUCGCGUUGGCCUUCGAGCUCAUCAAGGUCAUAACAUGGCGCCAAGUGUUCUUCGUGUCUACGGCGCCCGUGCUCAUCGCGAUCAUUCUCCGCGUGAUGAUCCCGGAAUCUCCUAAGUGGCUCGCGUCUGUCGGUCGCAACCAAGACGCCAACCGCAUCAUUCAGGACAUCGAGAUCGCGCACGGCGUGUACUCGUACACCGCCAAGCUGGACCCGCAUGUAGAUGACCCCACCGCCAACGUGUUCUCGUACCGGCACCUCAGCACGUACCAGCGUGUGGCGCUGCUCUUCCGCGGCGAGUACCUCAAGCGCACGGUGGUGCUGUGGAUCGUCUGGUUCGGCAUCGCGUUUGCGUACUACGCCAUUUACGUGUGGCUGCCCGUGAUCGUGUCCUCCAGACCGGGAGCGUUCAACAUCUACGGCACGUCCACAUCUUUGUUUGUGAUCCUGGCGUGGCAGAUCCCGGGCUACUUUUCCGCCGCGUACAUCGUCGAGAGGAUUGGGCGCAAGCUGACGCUAGUGCUGUUCCUGUUUUGCUCGUUCGCGUCGGCGCUGAUCUUUGGGUACGUCGAGCCGACGGAGGUGAACCUCAUGUGCGCGGGGUCGUUCAUGUCGUUCUCGAUGCUCGGCGCGUGGGGCGCGUUGUACGCGUACACCCCGGAGAACUAUCCAACCAACAUCCGCGCCAUGGGAGCGGCGUACCCGUCCGGAUUCAGCCGCAUCUCCGCCAUCGCAGGCACGUACGUGAUUCCUUUGCUGCACGAGGCAGGGUGGUCGCCCGAGUCGGUCAUGUGGCUAAACGGCGCGAUCCUCAUGGUGUGCUGCGUGAUCUUGUUCCUGUUUGGGUAUGAAACCCGAGGCAAAGACAUCGACGACGUGCUCGGGAUGGGCAACCCCGCGGAGCUGCACAGCGGCCUCAGCGACCUCCUCAGCCCAUACCCUGACUUGCUCGAGUGAUUAUUGCCACGGAUGAAUGUUUCCAAGAAAAGCGGGUUCUUUUUCUUUAAAGUGAGUGUCGUCAAACAUGGCUACUAACUAGUGCAUACUAAGUAUUAAAUACUAGUUACCGGGAAUACUAGUAGCUCUUCUCACGCCGAA